AUGUUAGAGGCACGUCUUGAACAGGCUGAUUUGCUGAAGAAGAUCGUCGAUGCAAUCAAGGACCUCGUACAAGACUGCAACUUCGACUGCAAUGACUCUGGGGUUGCCCUACAGGCGAUGGACAACUCCCAUGUUGCUCUCGUAUCUAUGAUGUUGAAAGCCGAGUCGUUCUCCCCCUAUCGGUGCGAUCGUAACUUGGCUCUUGGCCUCAACCUCGGAUCUCUGACCAAAGUUUUACGUGCUGCCCAAGGCGAUGAUAUACUCACUAUCAAAGCUGAAGACGCACCUGAUGUUUUAAACCUUCUAUUUGAAAGCAGCGAGAAUGACAGAAUCAGUGAGUACGACUUGAAGCUUAUGGACAUCGACCAAGAGCACCUUGGUAUCCCGGAUACAGAGUAUGCCGCCACUAUUAGCAUGCCAUCAACAGAAUUUCGAAGGAUUUGCCUUGAUUUGAUAGCUCUGUCUGAGUCUGUGUCUAUAGAAGCCUCGAAAGAUGGAGUAAAAUUCUCUUGCUCGGGAGAUAUUGGGAAUGGUGCAGUCACUCUCAGAAGUCACACAAAUGUGGAAAAGCCCGAGAUGAACGUAGAAAUUGAACUCACUGAGCCAGUCUCGCUGACCUUUUCACUCAAAUAUCUUGUCAACUUCUGUAAAGCUUCGGCCCUCUCCAAAUCAGUCAAGCUUUGCCUAUCAAACGAAGUCCCCUUGCUGGUAGAAUAUAACCUUGCAGGGAGUAGUUAUCUACGGUUUUACUUGGCGCCUAAGGUAAGCCUAAGUCAUCCUAUACUGAAUCUCUCAUCCUGA